AUCUAAUAAAGGGGCAGCAGCAUAAUGAUUAUGAUGGCUCCUCUACCCAUGAAACCUUACUCAAGCUGUGUUAAAGCUUUGCCUUGCAGAGUGACCUUGAGUAAGCUAUAAAACCCCUAGCUGGUCCAGAAUUGCUUUUGAAUCUCAGAUUGCACCUUUGUGGUGCGGUUAAAGCAAAAAACAAGUCACCAAUACUGUCAGAAAAUAUUUUUUAAAAAUGUUUGGUUGCGAUAUUUAAGAAUAGCUGUAAUCUUCCAUUUCAUUUUUGCACCUUUUGUGAGCCUGUGUGAAUUCACGGACCUAAUGUCCACUCUAAAUAUGCACUGAAAUCCAUCCAGCAUAAAGACAAACUGAGCCACACUAUCAUUAAGAUAAGCAGAGACCUUGGUUGAGGCACGAAAGGUCACAUUUUAUGUCAGUGAUCAAGUUUAUGUAGGGCCAAUUCUUUCUGACUGUUGGCAUUUAAAGAUGCUUGAAUUAACAUUUUAGCUAGCUAUUAGCAUGCAAUCGCUAAACCAAGCCUAUUACAUUACAGUUUCAUCCUUUUAAAUUGUAAAUAAAAACAAUGGCUCAUAUUAAUUCAGGUCAUCCAGUCCUGAAAACAACCCCCUUUUUAAUGAACAUUUAAAUAUUUCAAUCUUCUUCAAUCUAGUUGUUUAUUAACAUGCCAAGAUGUGUUAAGGUUCAGCAUCAUUUUUGCCUAACUGAAUAAGAAGGCAGCAUAUGAGAAUCUGUGUGUACUUAAGUAUGUCUGGCCUGCACAUACAGCUUAUUAUUAGCCUGAAGCAGACUAUAGAGGCAUGUGAAAGGGCACAGGUGAUGUGUAACUGACCGACUCAAUAAGUAAGCUGAAAACCCAGUCAGACCAAUGGAAUGGCUCUGUGGACUGAGGUCACUCUUGUCCAAAGUUCUUGUCCAGAUUAUGUUUUCUUUGGUUAGUGUCUUAGUUGUCACUGAACCUCUUAAGUUUUCCUGAUAGAAAACGAUUUUGACAUUCCAUUUCUGAGUGUUUGCUUUGCGGUAAAGAGGCAAAGUUAUGCACUAUUUUAGACUUCUUGUCUGAAAGUUUUGUCAUUUUUUACAUUGGUUUUGUUAGACAGGUUGCCUCGGGCACAAUGUUGCAGACGAGGUUUAAGGUUACUCUUUUACUCCUUCUAUUUAUCGCCAGAUGUGUUGCACAAGAAGAAACCCCCAAUAAAGCAUGCGUUUGUGGAUACCCUGGAAUACCUGGGGACCCCGGACACAACGGAACACCUGGCAGAGAUGGCCGAGAUGGACUCAGAGGUGAAAAAGGGGAUCAAGGUGAAAUAGGACCUGUUGGACGACCAGGCAAUGACGGCCAUAGAGGAGACAAAGGAGAGCAUGGUGAAGUUGGCCUAGUAGGGCUCAAAGGAAAAAGGGGAGAUAAUGGAGAACGGGGUUCCCCUGGGAAAAUGGGGCCCCAAGGAGUCCAAGGGCCCAUAGGCUUGAAAGGAAAUAAGGGAGAACUUGGGCUGCCUGGACCCCAAGGACAUAAAGGGGAUUUGGGGCCUCCUGGACCAGAGGGUCCCAAAGGGGAGAUUGGCCUUCGAGGUGACAGAGGCAUUCAGGGACCAUCAGGACCUCCCGGCAGGUCAGGGCCUAAAGGGGAAAUCGGUGUUCCAGGUCACAAAGGCAACAUUGGUUAUCGUGGCGAAAGAGGGACUCGAGGGGAGAGAGGUGAUAAGGGGGAGAAGGGAGAUGCUUUAGUUAUCUCUAAAAGCGCCUUUUCUGUGGGACUCACAGCUCAUUCUAAACUCCCAGCGGCUAACACACCCAUCCGGUUUGACAAGAUUAUUUACAAUCAGCAGAGUCACUACGAUCCACAAACGGGAAGAUUCACAUGUUCUGCAGCAGGAGCCUACUUCUUCACCUACUACAUCACUGUCUACUCCAGAAACGUGAAGGUGGCUCUGGUGAAGAAUGGUGCAAGGAUCAUCCACACCACGGAUAACUACCAAAGCAGUGAGGACCAGGCAGCAGGGGGCGCUGUGCUGCACCUCGACGUGGGGGACAAGGUGUGGCUGCAGGUGGCUGGUGGAGAGCUGUCCAAUGGGCUCUUUGCCGAUGAAGAUGAUGACACUACUUUCUCUGGGUUCUUAAUCUUUGGGGUCUAAAAAAAAAGGCAUGACUACUUUAUACUAGGUCAUGAAAAAUUAUACGAAUCAGUCAGCUGGAUCAGUCUGCCUACAAACUUGAGUGACAAUGCAUUGUGCAGUGCUGGAAUGUACAGUCAACACAAUACAUUAACUUAACUAAUCUACUUAAAUACAAAUGGGGCACAUGUAUUUCACAUCAGUAUUACCACUUUAUGCAAAAACUCUUCAUUUAAGAGUGACACAUCUGAGCCUUUUAAAUCCGGCACUGCUUUUAUUUGACUAGUCAGUUUUUAUACAAAGCAUUUACAGGCUUGUAAAAUACAGCUUCAUAUUUUUGCAUCUGUGUUAAUAACCAAAUAAUCCAAGUAAAGAAUAGAACACUCAAUCGUCCUGCAAUUUGGUAGUAUGCCUUUCAGUAUUUAUGAUAUAUACUUAUACCUCUGAUUUAGUGAAACUUGUGUAAAGAUAUAUUCUCCCCACUUCUAAAGCAUUGUUUAAGCAAUAAGUGGUUAAAAACAUGUCAAUAAAUGAUUCUUCUCUUUAAAUGAGAGCAUGCUCUAUAGUGAAAUAAAAACAUUUAACAGAUGGAAUUGA